AGUGCGGGGCAAUCGCAUUCGUCAGAUUCAGAUAGGGCCAUACCUAGCUAUACCUGUAUGUGUGCAACGUAUGUACAUACGUGUGUUCUCGCGCCAAGGUUGUCCUACGUGAAACGUAAACAAAAGUAAGUUCUGAAAAGUGUUGAGGUACAAAGCCCAAGCCAAAGGUAAUGUUUUAAAUUUUUACGCGAAAGUUCAAUCGAAGAGAAUCGUGGCAGCAUGUGCGACACAGCUGAAGCGUCAAGAUGAGGACCGUCCAAGAGUAUUGGAACGGGCCACGUAGAACGAUGAAGACCAGGGCUUGGGCUUGUAUUGUUGCAGUUCUUUCAUUUGUCUGUUUUAUCAUCUACAUAUGUAGUGGAAGAAAACACGACAGUGCUGUUUACAAUGUGUUUGAAGAUAUAACGUCCAUACAAUGGAUUUCCAAUAAUCUCGCGGUGGCUACCACAAUGAAGAUGCCCAUAAAACCUAAGCCCGAGGUAACUGUCAUAUGCGUCGUCGCCUGCGGCAAAGAAAAGCUCGACGAGACUCUAGUAAUGAUCAAGUCUGCUCUGGUGUAUGCUAAAAAACCACUCAAGAUCAUUGUUAUAACGGAAUACAAGCUUAUUCCUGCUUUUCAUGAAAAGCUCGACGAAUGGAAGCAGAUUAUUCUCGAGACUAGUAAUAAGACUUUUGAUUUCGUUAUCAGACCUGUAACUUAUCCAAAUUAUAUUGAUGAAAAUGAGUGGAAGAGUCUUUUCAAACCUUGUGCUUCUCUCAGACUCUUCCUUCCUGAUAUUUUGAACGAUACCGACUCUAUUCUGUAUGUCGAUACAGAUACACUAUUCCUCACACAGCCUGAAAAAGUCUGGAAAGUGUUCAGGUCCAUGAAUAGGGAUCAAUUUGCAGCACUGGUCAAAGAAUGUGAAGAUUCAAAUACUUGUUGGUACCCUAGGUUUGCAAAACAUCCCUAUGUUCUCCCUGUGGGAAUUAAUUCCGGCGUCAUGCUAAUGAAUCUUACAAGGAUGAGGGAAACAAGAUGGACUCAAUACCUGGAACCAAUCCUUAGAGAGUUUAAAAAUAAGAUCACUUGGGGGGACCAGGACAUCAUCAAUAUCUUCUUUCACUUCCAUCCAGAAAAUCUAUACAUCUUUGACUGCCGCUACAACUACAGACCUGAUCAUUGUAUGUAUGGGCCAGUCUGCAACCGAGCCCUGAAAGAUGGUGCUAUCAUCCUUCAUGGUUCCAGAGGUGUAUUCCACAACAAGAAGCAGCCUCCAUUCUAUGCAGUGUAUCAAGCAAUGAGUCAAUAUCAACUUGACACAGAUCCAUAUGAACGUUUGCUUUUUCAGAUGAAGGACUUUGUUACUCAGGAGAGUGCAUCAAAGUGUUCCAUUGUGUGGAAAGUGUUUAUUAUUAGGCCAGAGUUAAAUUUGGACAAGUCUGCUCUCACUAUGAAUUAUUACCAGGAGGAUAAUGAUUAAGAAGCAGAAAUCAAAAACUGGAAAAUAUUGUAAAUUGUAACAUUUAUUAAUCGUUGAUGCCAUCAGAUAGGUAAAUAAUUAUUAUUUAAGACAUAUUAGCUUUCUUAAAAAGUUUAAGAGAAAAAUGUGUAUGAAUGAAUUUUAAAAAGAAAAUUGUAAAUUCUUAAACGCGUUCGAUCUGAAUAUUAUAUAUUAGUGCUUGAUUGCACCUCAUUUUUUAUACACUCUCUAUUGAGACCUUUUGUAUUGAACUGGUAAGAUAAUUUUAGCCGAAAUGUUGAUGACAGUGUAAUAUAAUGUAUAGUAGAGAUUUUUGAUAAUCGUGGAGAACGGCCGACUGAAAUGAGUAUAAUACAUUUAAUAAUGUUUUGUAUGGUGCAGUAUUGUAUUUGCACAUCUCUUAAAUAUAUCCUGUACUAUAUGAUAAGAAGAGAAAAAUAAAGCCGAAAGGAACAUGUUGAAAA